AUGGAUCCAGCUGUCGUGUUGGUGUUUAUUCUCUCCUGUCUAGUUCUCCUCUCACUCUGGAGACAGAGAUCUGAGAGAGGGAAGCUCCCUCCUGGCCCCACUCCUCUCCCACUUAUUGGCAAUUUCCUCCAAAUAGAUGUGAAAGACAUCAGCAGAUCCUUGACCAAUUUAUCAAAAGUCUAUGGCCCCGUGUUCACCCUGUACUUGGGCAUGAAGCCCACUGUGGUGUUGCAUGGGUAUGAAGCAGUGAAGGAAGCUCUGAUCUCUUCCCAGAAUCUAUUUCAGUGUUUUACCAUUUCUUCAGGCAUUAUUUUUAGCAAUGGAAGCAGAUGGAAAGAGACAAGGCGCUUCACACUCAUGACUCUGAGGAAUCUGGGCAUGGGCAAAAGGAGCAUUGAGGACUGUGUUCAAGAGGAAGCACAGUCUCUUGUGGAGGAACUGAGGAAAACCAAAGGCUCACCCUGUGAUCCUACGUUCAUCCUGGGCUGUGCUCCCUGCAAUGUGAUCUGCUCCAUUAUUUUCCAGAAUCGUUUUGAUUAUAAAGAUCAUCAUUUUCUUACCCUAAUGGAAAAAGUUAAUGAGAAUUCCAGGAUUCUGAGCUCACCCUGGUUCCAGGCAAACCACAAUCAACAAUCUGAAUUUUCACUUGAAAAUCUGGCAAUCACUUUGAGUGAUCUGUUUGCUGCUGGGACAGAGACAACAAGCACAACCCUGAGAUAUGCUCUCUUGCUCCUGCUGAAGCACCCACAUGUCACAGCUAAAGUACAGGAAGAGAUUGAUCAAGUGGUUGGCAGAGACCGAAGCCCUUCCAUGCAGGACAGGAGCCGCAUGCCCUACACAGAUGCCACGGUUCAUGAGGUCCAGAGAUUCAUAGACCUGAUCCCCACCAACCUGCCCCAUGCGGUGACCUGUGACAUUAAAUUCAGGGAUUUCUUCAUCCCCAAGGGAACAACAAUAAUAACAUCACUCUCAUCAGUGCUUCACGACAGCAAGGAAUUCCCCAACCCAGAGGUAUUUGACCCUGGCCACUUUCUAGAUAAGAAUGGAAACUUUAAGAAAAGUGACUACUUCAUGCCUUUUUCAACAGGAAAACGGAUAUGUGCAGGAGAGGGCCUGGCACGCAUGGAGCUGUUUCUAUUCCUGACCACAAUUUUACAGAACUUUAAGCUGAAAUCUCUGGUUCACCCAAAGGACAUCGAUACAAACCCAGUGGUAAAUGGAUUUGCUUCUCUGCCACCCCCCUUCCAGCUCUGCUUCAUUCCUGUCUAAAGGAAAGUAAACUUUCUGGCUCACACUCUGUUGUUUUCUGCAAUCUGCUCUAGACCUUCAUUGCAUCAGGGACAAAGUGUUUUUCCUCCCAUCUCACAUAUUCCCAUUCUGUCAAGUCCCAGGAAAUACCUGUCAAUCAUUUUACAAUUUCUGGAGUCACUGCACAAAUAUAGUUCUAUUUUCUAUUCUUUGCAACAGUGUUAUUAUCCUUUGUGCUAAUAUG